AUGAGAAGGCCCGAUCACGCUCUUAACACGCAGCUUGAGUUAAGGCAGCAAGAGAGGGCCUAUUCAAGGCAUAUACAAAGAUUAAACGCAAUUCAAUCUGAUAUAACAAAUACCACUGAUAUUACACAACAUAUUGAAAAUUAUCGAACUACCGCACAAGCCGAAAAGAUUAACGCGAUUCAAAAGGCAAAUUAUUUAUAUAGCUUGAUUGGAAAUGAGAAGUUUGAUUCAAAUUUACUACUUUCACCAAAAUCACCUAAAUCAAAAGAGAUUUCCACAGCAGAAUUUCAGGCACGGGAAACAGCUACUCGUAAGAAAAUGCAAAAACGACCUCCAUUUGAAUGUGAACUUGGAAAUUUGAAUGAAUCUGGCCUUUCUUCGAGAGUUUUUCUAACUCAAAAUAAACCAAAGAUUAACAAAGGCAAUAGCCGAGGUAAUUCUCCACCACGAUUGAAGGUUACUCGAGGUAACGCAUCUAACGAAUCUACUCCAUCCAAAGGAGAUACAUUUACACCCAUCAGAACUACUAAACUACCAAAGCAUACUAACAAGCCGAAUAAGAUUGCUUUCGAAUAUAAUGAAGGGGAAAUUCGACUUGGAUAUGACGAACCAAUUGAGCAACCAAAUAUCGAAAUAUAUACAACAAACAGCACUAAUCAAGGUUUACCUGUUUUACAAUCAAAUGGAACUCAAACUAAGAAAACUAAAUCUCCUUCGAAGAAAGCUCCCCAAACAGAGGUUGAUCCAACUGAUCAAUAUAAGAAACAUCCAGAAUCGGAGAAUGAAGGGUUUACUAUGUCAGAAAUUGAAAAUAAGAAGAAUGAUCAUAAAGAUGAUUCAAUUAACCAGGAUAUUCUUCUUCCAUUACCAAAUGAUAACGAAGUUACUAAUAAUAACAAUACAAAAGGUUCACCUUCAGCUGCAAAUUCAAGUAGAUCUAACAAAUCUAGUCGACCAUCAAGUUAUAAACCAGAUCCAGUAUAUACACCUGUUAGAUCUAAGUCUAGUGGUAAUAAACAAGAAAUAUUUUCAGAAAAUCAUUCACCUCCAGAUAAUUCAACCGAAGUAUCUCCACAAGAAAUCAGCGAAAUACCUGAUUUAUCACAACAUAGUGACAAGCCAUGUAGUUCUAGAAAGCCUGCAAUUAAAAAUGAUGAUGAAAAUGAAGAAAAAGUUCCAAAUCAGAAACAAGAAUCACAAAAAAUCCAACAAAAGCCAGUGGAUAGUUCAUUACUUACAUCACCACAAGAAUUCUACAUCGAAGAAUCAUCAUCAAUAUCAGAUGAUGAAGAAGAUGAAAAAGAGGAACCGAAAACUCCUUCUUCAAGAAAAAGUGUCAUUACAAAAGGAUAUUCACCACUUGGAAAGAAACCUCCUGUUCAACAGCUCGUUAACAAAGAGAACGAACAAACAAAAGGCGACAACGAUAAUUCAAGAAGCUUUAGAACUGAUGAUGCUUUGCAAUCAGAUAAAAUCGGACUUGAUGAAGCAAAUGACGAUGAAUUACAUUUCUCAACUAAAGAGAGAUUCGAGAAUGUCUUGAAUGUUUUGGAUAAAGCAAAUGGAGAAAACAAAACUCCGCUUAUCAAAGUUGAUGAAGAUGAAGAAGAAAACACUCCAAGGAAAAGUAAAGAAAAUAGUGGAGAAGGGAGUGCUCCAAACUCAACAAGAUCAACAAAGAAGAGACGAAGACAAAGAGUUAGUAAUGAUAAAGGAAUAUUCCCAAUCAUUUCUCCUAAAUCUGAUCAACAAAAUGAAGAAGAAAAGAAUAAUAAUAGUGAUCAACAAAAAGAAACUCCAAGACCUGAAAAAUCUCCUCAUAAUACUUCCAAGAAUAUUAAUAACAACCAAGAAACAAAUUCAACUCCAAGAAAAGAUAAAAACAAUAACUUAACACCAAGAAAUGACCAAAAAAUCAAUAAUCAAAAUAAUAUUGAAAAUGAAGAUAAAUCUCAAAAUGAUAAUAAACCACAAAAUGAAGUUAAACAAAAUAAUCAAGAUAAACCACAAAUUGGAGAUAAAACACAAAAUGAAGUUGAACAAAAUACUGAAAUUAAACCAGAAAAUGAAGAUAAACAACAAGAUGAAAUUAAAUCUCAAAAUGAAAUUAAACAAAAUAAUGAAGAUAAACCACAAAAUGAAGAUAAAUCUCAAAAUGAAGUUAAACGGAAUAAUCAAGAUAGACCACAAAACGAGGUUAAACAAAAUAAUGAAGUUAAACCACAAAAUGAUGACAAAUUACAAGAUGAGAAAGAAAGGACACCAAGAAAUAAUGAAGAGAAAAAGAAUAAUGAAGAAACACCAAGAGAGAAAAAUAAUGAACCUAGGAAAGCUUCAACACCAUCAAAACCAGUUGUUCCUUCAUUAACAGGAUUAUUUAACAAAGAGAAAAGCAAUGAAAUGAGUCCUACUGAUAGAUCACAAAGACAAAUUUCUUCAGCUCGUUCUCCUAAAUCUCCAAUGAAAGUUCCUCCAAUACAAGGAUUCAGCAACAUUUCGAACAAGUCUUCUCCACAGAAAGAAGAGCAACAAGUUAUUGAAGAAACUCAAGCUCCAAUUUCAUUAUUAAGUAUGAAGAAAGAUGGAAUUAACAGAGCAAUUUCAAGAUCUUCUACAUCAAUUGCUCCUAUUUCUUCUCUUAGUUCUGCUUCUUCUUCACCUAUUAAACAACUUUCUCCUGAAAAGAACAAACCAAUUGAUCCUUCUUUCGAAGCAAUUGCAGAAUCACCUAAACCUUCACCAAAUAUACAGCAAAAUCAAGAAACAAAGAAAGCUGAUAAAACACAAAAUAAUGUUAGUGAUUCUAAACCAGGAGAAAACAAAACAGAACAAAAACCUGUUGAAAAAUCUAAUGCUGAUGAUUCUAAACCUCUUUCUGCAGCAUUAGCAGGAAUGAUUGCAGCAACACAAUCUCCAGAAGAAACAAAGAAAGAUGAAAAUGAAAAGCAAGCAAACAAAUCUCCAGAUGAAACAAAUAAAGAUGAGAAAUUAUCAAAUAAUAAAUUACCAGAAGAAGCGAAGAGAGAUGAUAAAUCACAAAUUAAAACUGAUGACGAAAAGCAUGCGAACAAUUCUACAGAAGAAAGAAACAAUAAAUCACCAGAUGAAGCUAAGAAAGAUGAUAGUGUUUCUACAAGUAUGUUGUCGAAUCUAUUGAAUUCAGUUGUUGAUGAUAAUCCUCAAAAAGAAAAUGAAUCUAAUCAAAAUAAUGUAGAAGAACAACAAAAUAAUCAAAUCAAUGAAUCUAAACCAUUUAGUGAACUUCUUACAAGUGCUGUUUCUGAACCAUCAAAGAUUGAUGAAGAUGACAAACAUCAAACAGAAGAAUCAAAACAUAAUGAUGAAAAUCAAAAUCCACAGCAAUCAUCUCAGAAUAAUGAAACAAAACCAUUAUGUGGAUUAUUAAACAAUGUUGUUUCUGAACAAAAUAAAGAUUCGCAGAAACCAAAAUCGAAUACUCCAAAUCAAGAAAAACAAACUGAUGGAGAGAAACCACAAGAGCAAUCUCCUAAAGAAAAUCAACAAGAUUCAAAACCAGAAUCUCCUACUUCUUUGUUGGCAAAUUCAGUUGCAAAUCCAUCUGCAACAGAAUCACGAGAUUUCAACAAUUCCCAACCAAAUCAAUCAACACCAACACAACCAUCCACAAAAGAUGAUACAAAUAAAGAAUCAACACAACCAUCAACACCAAAUCAAGAAAAUGAUAAUAAACAAGAUAAACCAUCCACUUCACUUAGUGGCCUUCUCUCUGGCUCUAAUUCCCAGCCUCAACAACAGCCUCAAGCUGAUUCAUCUAAAGCACAAAAACCAUUAUCAGAAGAACAAAAUCAUUCUAAAGAAUUACAACAAAGUAAUCAGCCAAAUUCAUCACAACCUCAUCAACAGAAAGGAGAGCAACAACCUGUUUCUCUUACAGGUCUUAUAUCAAAUUCACUUUCAAAUCCAAAAUCUUCACAACAAUCACCACAACAACAAUUCCAACCAGAAGUAAAUCAACAAAUUCAAGAUCAACCACAACACGAAGAAGAUAAUAAACAAUUACAUCCAACAUCAUCAACAACACCGAAUAAUCAAGAAAAUCUUCAACAAGAUCAACACGAAGAAAAAGCUAAAGAAUUAGAUAAAUCUCAACAAGAACAGAAAACUUCACAACCACAACAACAACCACAACUUCAAUCACAAUCAUCAUCACAAUUAUCAUCACAACAAUCACAACCGAAUCAACAGAAACAAGAUGAUGAAUCAUCAAAACCUUUAUCUAAUCUUCUUGCUGGUAUUGUUUCAUCACCAACAGAUCAAUCACAAGAAAAAUCAACAACAUCACAAUCAGCAAAUACUUCAUCUCCAUCACAACAUCAACCAGAAACAAAUUCACAACCACCAUCUAACAAAGAUCUUUCAUCUCCUCAACAAGAGAAAGAACAACAACAGUCACAAUCACAACAACAACAGAAACAACAAAAAGAUGAUAAACCAUCAGAUUCUAAACCACUUUCAACUGCAUUAACCGGACUUAUUUCCGCAACAGCAUCAACCACAUCAUCAACACAACCGACACAAGAAAAUCAACCAAAAGAAGCAUCCAAACCACAAAACGAACCACAUUCUCAGACCCAAGAAAAACCACAAGAUAAGUCUCAGAAUGAUUCAUCAGCCAAACCUUCAGAUUCUUACCAAAAUCAGGCACCAAAACAAGAAAAUGCUGAUGAUUCUAAACCUCUUUCUGCAGUAUUAUCUGGAGUUAUUGCAGCUACACAAUCUCCUUCACAAACUCAGACUCUUAAUCAGCCACAAUCAGAAUCAAAACCAAUAAAUAACAAUCAACAACAAAAUCCAGAAAACAAAGAUAUUUCAUCUUCUCCACAACAAAAUAAGGAACAAUCUAAUGAACAGCCAAAUGAUAAAUCUAAACCAUUAGCUUCAGCUCUUUCAGGAAUUGUUUCACCUCAACCAACUGAAAAACAAGAUUCUCCACAACAGAAACAAAAUGAAGAAUCUAAACAAAAUUCUCCAGAACAAAGCAAAGAAUCAGAUAAAACUUCAUCAACUCCAACACUCAGUGGAGUUAUUGCUGAAUCACUUGCAAAACCACAAGAAAACAAAGAAAAUCCACAAAAUAAUGAAAACAAAGAAUCAAUACCUUCUGAACAAAAGUCACCACAAAAGCAUCAUCGUAAGCAUCAUCACCAUCAACCAGGAGAUUCUAAUUCAAAUGUUCCAACAGAAUCAGAAUCUCAAGAAGAACUAAAUGAAAUUAAAGAUAAUAAUGAUUCCAAACAUCUUUCUUCGGCUAUGGCAGGAGUUGAGUCAUCACCUUCACAGAAUAAACAAGUUUCUCAAGACAAAGCUUCAACAAAUGAUUCACCAAAAUCAGGAGAAACCAAAUCAGAACAAAAUCAAGAUGCUAAAUCUAACAAAGAAAAUGUUGAUAGUUCAAAACCUCUUUCAGCAGCAUUAGCUGGAGUUAUUGCUGCAACACAAUCUCCAACAUCACAGAACCAACAGCAAGAGAAUGCAGAUAACAAAGAUAUCUCUUCACAAAAAGAAAUGAAUAAAGAGCAAUCAAAUAAUCAAGACGAAAAGAAGCAAGAACAGAAAAUUGAUGAACAAAAGCAGAAUUCUGAUAAUAAACCAAAUGAAAGUCAGGAAAAUAAACCCCUUUCUUCGGUGUUAUCUCCAAUUGUUAAUUCACAACAGCCAUCAGAUAAAUCAACUCCAGAAUCUAAUCAAGAAAAAACAGAACAGCAUCAAGAACCUAAUAAAGAAAUUAAAGAAAAUGAGAAGCAACAAAAUCCACAAGAGAAACAAGAUAACGAAUCAAAACCUCUCAGUGGAUUAUUGGCUGGAGUUGUUUCUCAACAACAAAAAGAAGGAGAAAAGGAUAAGCAACAAAAUAAAAAUAAUUCAAAUACACAAAUUUCUUCUCAGAAUCAAGAGAAAUCAGCAACAUCUCAACAGAAAUCAUCGCAAAAUGAAUCUCAACCAGUCCAACAGCAGCAAGAUUCAAAACCAGAAUCUCUUACUUCUUUGUUGGCAAAUUCAGUUGCAAAUCCAUCUGCAACAGAAUCACGAGAUUUCAACAAUUCUCAACCAAAUCAAUCAACACCAACACAACCAUCAACAAAAGAUGAUACAAACAAAGAAUCGACACAACCAUCAACACCAAAUCAAGAAAAUGAUAAUAAACAAGAUAAACCAUCCACUUCACUUAGUGGCCUUCUCUCUGGCUCUAAUUCCCAGCCACAACAACAAUCGCAACCUGAUUCAACUAAAGAUCAAAAGACUCCAUCUGACCAAGAACCACAAAAGAAUGAUCAAUUACAACAAAAACCUGAUAAUAAUCAGCCAAAUUCAACACAAUCUCAUCAACAGAAAGGAGAGCAACAACUUGUUUCUCUUACAGGUCUCAUUUCGAAUUCACUUUCAAAUCCAAAAUCUUCACAACAAUCACCACAACAACAAUCACAACCAGAACAAAAUCAACAAAAUCAAGAUCAACCACAACACGAAGAAGAUAAUAAACAAUUACAUCCAACAUCAUCAACAACACCGAAUAAUCAAGAAAAUCUUCACCAAGAUAAACACGAAGAAAAAGCUAAAGAAUUAGAUAAAUCUCAACAAGAACAGAAAACUUCACAACCACAACAACAACCACAACUUCAAUCACAAUCAUCAUCACAAUUAUCAUCACAACAAUCACAACCGAAUCAACAGAAACAAGAUGAUGAAUCAUCAAAACCUUUAUCUAAUCUUCUUGCUGGUAUUGUUUCAUCACCAACAGAUCAAUCACAAGAAAAAUCAACAACAUCACAAUCAGCAAAUACUUCAUCUCCAUCACAACAUCAACCAGAAACAAAUUCACAACCACCAUCUAACAAAGAUCUUUCAUCUCCUCAACAAGAGAAAGAACAACAACAGUCACAAUCACAACAACAACAGAAACAACAAAAAGAUGAUAAACCAUCAGAUUCUAAACCACUUUCAACUGCAUUGUCAGGGCUUAUUUCCGCAUCAACCACAUCAUCAACACAACCGACACAAGAAAAUCAACCAAAAGAAGCAUCCAAACCACAAAACGAACCACAUUCUCAGACCCAAGAAAAACCACAAGAUAAAAUCGCAGAAAAGAAAGAAAACUCAGGUGAAUCUAAGCCAGACAAUAAAGAAUCUCCAGUUUCAUCUUCACCAUCUCCAACAAACCAAGAAAACAAGCCUCUUUCUUCAGCUUUAGCCCCAAUAAUUAAUCAAAAUGAGCCUUCUGGUAUAUCUAAACCAUCUGAUACACAAGAUAAAUCUGAAAAAACAGAACAAAAACAAAUUGAAAAUUCUAAAUUAUCUGAUAAACCAGAAAACAAAGAUACUUCAGAUAGAAGAAUAUCUGAAAAUCCACAAAAUGUAGAGAAGAAGGAAUCUACACCACCUCCAACAUCAUUAUCUUCUUUAAUCAAAGCAAUGGCUGCAAAGAAUUCUCCUCCAGAAGAAAAGGAAACUUCUAACAACAAGCAAGAAGACAAAUUGACCUCUAAACCAGAUGAAGAACAAAAAUCAAAUGAAUCUAAAGAAAUUCCGAAAGAAAAACAAAAUGAUUCCCAAAAUAAUGAGAAACCUCUUGCUGUUGCUCUCGUUGGAAUUGUUUCUCCACAAAAUAAUAAAUAUCCAGAACAGAAAGAAAUUGAAGAACCUCUAAUGAAUAAAGAAAAAGAAAGCACCAACACAGAUGAAAAUGGAAACAUAGAAGAUAUGAAACCUCCAGAAAAACAGGAUAAAGAUUUAUCAAAGUCUGAUGAGAAAAAGGAAAAUGAUAAAGAUCAAAAUGAAGCAGAAAAGGAUCAAGGAGAGAAUAAAGAAGGAAAGAAACAUCACAGGAAGCAUCGAAAAGAAACGCCAGAAUCAGAAAACAACUCAACAAUUCUUGUUUUGCCAGGCGAAGAAGUCUCUGCAUUAACAACCCCAAGUAAUACAGUUCCUGCAUCUCCAGAGAAAUCGCAAGAGUCUCCACAACAGAACAACACAGAUAAACCAAAGAACAACGAAGAAUCAUCACGAAAACAUCGUAAGAGACAUCAUUCGAAUGUCACUCCAAAAGAAGAUAACAAUGAAAAACCACAAGAAAAUACUUCACAACCACAAGAAGCAACAAGACCUGAAGAAAAAACAAUUCCAUCUUCAGACAAAACACCAGAAAACAUUUCAACAACAGAUCAAGCAAAAGAACAAGAAAAUCCAACAAAUUCCGUUUCAUCUUGUUCACAUAAGAAACGUCGACAUCGAACACCAGAAGAGAAAGUCUCAGAAGAAUCAGCAGAAAAAUCUUCAAAUAAUAAACAAAACAAAGAAGACGAUCAAAUUCAUUCAGCUGAUAAACCAAAAGAAGAAAACAAGCAAGAAGAAGAAAAAUCAACAAUUUAUUCCAAUAAUUUAGAAGAACAUUCAGAAAAUAACACCAAGAAACCAAUAGAUGAUAAUAAGAAAGAAGAUAUCAAACCCAAUGAAGAAAAUAUAAUCAACAAUGAUGUAAAAGAAUCAGAAAGCAAGCCAAGUGAUAAGAAAUCACCUAAUGAAAUAGAUAAAGGAAAUAAAGAAGAGAAAGAACCAGCAAAGUUCAUUCCUCCUGCUACUUCACUGACAAAUCUUAUUCGCAAUAUGGGAAAGAAUCCUCGCGAACAAGUAGAUCAAGAACAAGAACGAAAUAACAUUAAUCCAAAUAAGAAAGAACUUAAAUCAGAACAACAUAAACAACAACAAGAACGAGAACAAAGCGAAAAUCCGAAAGAAUCACCAAAACAAAAGUCUAAAGAAACUCGUCCUCUUCUUAUUGUUGCCGCUCCAACACAAUCAAUAUCCAAGCCAGAUCCAGAACCAGAAAUACCUCAUCAAGAAACCGAAAAUAAUAAUAAGAAAGAUUCUAUUCCAAUAAUUAAUAAUACAAAAGAAACUCCUAAAUCAGAACCUAAGAAUAAUUCUAAACAAAAUGAACCACAAAAAGUAUUAUUUGAUUCCAAAGACAAAGACAAGAAGGAAAAUUCAUCGCAGUUGACUCAACAAGAAUUAGCACAAAUUGAUGCAGCUACAGAAAGUGUUAAUGACAAAGAACCCCACAAAGAUAAGAAACACCGAAAGCAUCGUCAUAAAACAUCAGAAAAUAACAACACUACUAUUGUUUUAGCUCCAAGUCAAUCAACAUUAACAUCACCACAAACUAAACAAACCAAGCAAAUUUCACAACAAGAGAACAAGAAAUCCUCUGAAAUUUCACAAGAAGUUCUUGACGAUCCAGCUGAUGAUGAAGAGCUUCCACAAACUCCUCCCUUAUCUCCUCAGCAUGACAAUUUCCAAAACAACCAAAAGAAAGUCCGAAAAUCCAAGAGUCAGAAAGAACCAACGAAAGCACUUCCAUCACUCAAAGUUCAAAGUUUCAACAGACAAUCAGAAAUUGCUCCAUCCAAACAAGGACCAAAGUUCCACUUCUCUACAUUUGUUGAAUUGGAUGCACCUCCAACAUCCACAUUCUUAUCACAAACAGACACUAACGGAAUUUCAUCAUCAUUUAUCACUAACGAUUCAGGUGCUCUCCAGUCAACUACAGGAAGAAGGAGUGGUAAGCGAUUUCCAUCCAAGAAGAGCUUUUCUAGCCGUAGCAGGAUGACAGCACCAGGAUCUCCAGCAUAUGUUUGGUCCGGUGAUGUCUCAGAUGACGAAGAUAAUUUCACUCCAAGAGGAGAUGGUUUGAUCACAAGCAUCCGACUUACUCGAUACCGCUUCUUGAAAUCAAAGAAAGUUAUUGAUCAAGAUGCUAAUUUACGUCCUUCAUCAUAUGUUGUUAGUCCAGAUGACGACGAUGAUGCUUCUACCGAUGACGAGAUUGAUGAUAACGAACGCAACCAGAUGAUGGCCUUCUCCGGUCUUGCAGAUCUUUCACACGUUGACAGAAUCAUCAAGAACAUCAAUACAAGUAAUCCAGAUGAAUAUAAAUCUACAAGAUCAUCCACCAAACCACGAUCUCAAGCAUCAGACACCGAAGAACCUCCUCGUCAAAGCAAUUGCAGAUUUGUUAACUGA